CCCGCGCCUCUGUCCGGCCUCUCUCGCGCUCACUGAGGACUCGUGGCUGCUGCCUGGCCAUGAGCACCGCCUUUCUGCAGACUUCUUCCUCCACCUUUGGGGGUGGCUCUACCCAGGGGGCGUCCCUCUGGGCUGGGGGUGGCGGCCUUGGUGGUGGGAGUCUCUAUGGGGGAGGUGGAAGCCGCAGCAUCUCUGCUUCUUCUGCUAGGUUUGUCUCCUCGGGGUCAGGAGGGGGCUACAGGGGUGGCUUGAGCUGUGGCUUCGGUGGAGGGGCUGGUAGUGGUUUCAGUGGAGGCCUGGGAGGUGGCCUCGGAGGUGGCUUCGGAGGUGGCUUUGGAGGUGGCUAUGGUGGGGGUUUUGGCGGUGGCUUUGGUGACAUUGGUGGUGGCGAUGGUGGCCUCCUCUCCGGCAAUGAGAAGACCACCAUGCAGAACCUCAACGACCGCCUGGCCUCCUACCUGGACAAGGUGCGCGCCCUGGAGGAGGCCAACGCUGACCUGGAGGUGAAGAUCCGAGACUGGUACCAGAAGCAGAGCCCGGCCAGCCCGGAGCGUGACUACAGCCCCUACUUCAAGACCAUCGAGGAGCUACGGGACAAGAUCCUGGCGGCCACCAUUGACAACUCCCGGGUCAUCUUGGAGAUCGACAAUGCCAGGCUGGCUGCAGAUGACUUCAGACUCAAGUAUGAGAAUGAGCUGACCCUGCGCCAGAGCGUGGAGGCUGACAUCAACGGCCUGCGCCGGGUGUUGGACGAGCUGACCUUGUCCAAGACCGACCUGGAGAUGCAGAUCGAGAGCCUGAACGAGGAGCUGGCCUACCUGAAGAAGAACCAUGAGGAGGAGAUGAAGGAGUUCAGCAGCCAGCUGGCCGGCCAGGUCAACGUGGAGAUGGAUGCGGCACCGGGCGUGGACCUGACCCGCGUGCUGUCGGAGAUGAGAGAGCAGUACGAGGGUAUGGCGGAGAAGAACCGCCGGGAUGCUGAAGCCUGGUUCUUCAGUAAGACGGAGGAGCUAAACAAGGAGGUGGCCUCCAACACAGAGAUGAUCCAGACCAGCAAGACGGAGAUAACAGAGCUAAGACGCACAAUGCAGGGGCUGGAGAUUGAGCUGCAGUCCCAGCUCAGCAUGAAAGCUGGCCUGGAGAACUCACUGGCAGAGGUUGAGUGCCGCUACGCCACACAGCUGCAGCAGAUCCAGGGGCUCAUCAGCGGCCUGGAGACCCAGCUGAGUGAGCUCCGCUGUGAGAUGGAAGCUCAGAACCAGGAGUACAAGACGCUGCUGGACAUCAAGACGCGGCUGGAGCAGGAGAUCGCCACCUAUCGCAGCCUGCUGGAGGGCCAGGAUGCCAGGUUGGCUGGCAUUGGCACUGGAGAAGCUCUUGAAGGAUUGGCCAAUGGCUGUUCUCAGGGAUGCUGUUCAGUUCUCCUGGAACUCACCCAAGUCUCCCUGGGAGGCGGCAGCGGCGGCAAAGUCCGCAUCAACAUUGAGGAGUCAGUGGACGGAAAGGUGGUUUCUUCCCGCAAGAGAGAAGUCUAAAUACCCAGGGCAGGAGAGACGUCCCUCACCACCCCACCCUCCCCAGGCUGAGCCGACAGCUGGCCAGAGGGGCGGGAGAGCAAGCUGCAGUCCCCGCCCUCGCCCUCGGAGGGUGUCCCGCUCAGGCUCAGGAGGGUCCCUCCUUCUCCCACUCUUCCUCCCUCCCCUCUCCGGCUCUUCCUGCUUCCUUUAGAGCAGGGAGGUGAAGGAAGCAGCUGUAUCGUGUAAGAAGCUCAUUUGUACCGUGUCUGUCCAUGCAAUAAAGAAUUGCUUUUCCUUUUGCAAAUA